CUCAGUCUGUCUCUCUCCCACUCUUGCUUUCCCUCCCACUCUCUCUGUAACUCCUUCGCUCCUCUCAUCCUCCUGUGACUUAGUUUGCUGCGCGCAACAACUGGCAGACCUCUCUCCUCUUGUCGUGCGAGGUGGUAAGCGUGUCCUCGGGCAGGCAGGGAUUCGACUCCCUCGGGGGAUCCUGCACGUUUGGGCACAUGGUCUUACGGCGACGACGGAUCCACGGCACGACAACCUGAAAGAACGGAGGCACUCAGCCUUCCCCGUCACUGCCGGCUCGAGGCAGCGGACGGAUGGGCGGCUUUGUGCUCAGCGGGUGCCACUCUGUAAAGAUCUCUAGGAUUUGGCCUAGAUGUUUGCGAGCGCUUCCGCCCCCAGAGGCCAGGCUGGUCCGAGGACGGGAUGUGAGGUCCGUGAGCACCCUCUCCCAGAUGCAACCUUUGACGGGGGCCUUGGCUUGUGGUAAAGGGCAUCUUCAAUCAAUUCCCCUAGAGAGAAAACUCUGCUUUGGCCUAUGCCACUGUGUGAUGGCUGAAAGUCAGGCGAAGCCCCCUUUUUCUAAGGCUCUCUUCGGUGACGGGUAUUCUUGGGUGGAUAAUACGGCUCUCGUUGUUAUUGCUUAAGAAUACGCGUAGUUGAGGAGAGUCAUUGUCGACUGUCUUCGGGGAGAUAACCUCCAGUGGUCCCAAAAACCUUCCGGCUUUGCACUGUGGCCGUUUAUGUAGCAACUAGACAGCUAAUCAUUUUCACUGUGGUUUGUGUGAUUCCUGCAACAGGAGACAGACAGCUCCUGCUCUCAGUGUAGCGUCUCCACCUCCAUUGGCAAAUCGCCGCUUCAUGUGCUAUCCAGCGAGCGGCGUUUUGCAUUUCACACAACUUGUUUAUUUUGUAUCCUCUGAGUGUGCGUGCGAGGGGAGGUUCGUGGGGAACGGCGUUUAUUUUUGCUCUCUUCGGGGAGUGUUUUAGUGUACACUACCCUGGCUGAUAGGAAUGCAUUUACUGCUCUUUAUUGUUAGUCCUGAGCACCAGUGGGAGCCCCGGACUGCAUGGGGUGUUCACACAGAUUGAUUUUGAGAUGGCAUUAGUCGGACAGUUUUCGCCAUUCAGCUGACGGCGAUCAGAGGUAAAAUGUCCACAGAAACAGGCUCUCCUAUAAAAGGGGAGGGGCUUCAAGUCUAAUGACAAAACACAGCUAAGUAGAAGCAGCGUAACAGAUUACAUGAUCGUGUCUGCUGGGCUCAUAGCAUCAGCUGGUUCUGAUUGUAGCACAGAUUGAAUAUCUUUUUCUCCUCGAUAAAGACACGCAUACACAAAAUGUUCUUUUCAAAACCACUAAUUACUUCUUAAUGAUGCGCUCAAAUGUCUGAGCUGGCUUGUGCUGGGGAAAGCCAAUGAGGUCCAUGGCAUAUAAAGAUCUAUAUCCCCGAUCUUAUCAUAGGAAUAUGUUGUUUGUUAAUAUUGAACCAAACAGCUUUAAUUUAACUGAAUGCAUUUAAGAUUAAUGUGAAAUCCAUUUUAAUGGCUGGCAAUUUUAGAUAUUCUCGGUUCAGAAUUUUUGUAUUAUUUAUGAAUAAUAUAGUGAUGUAAGGAACUGUUUAGAAACACUUGUUUUGAAAUGCAUAGCUUGCUUCUUUCAUUCUCUGUGGUAUGAAGGCAUGGAAGACAUAGAGGCAAAAUGCAAAUUGGCUGCUGCUUUAGUUAUAUUAGCUACAGAGUUUGUGAAAAUAACUAGAGGCUUAUUAGAAAUGCUCAUGAAAAUUCCCCAGCCCCAGAAACAAAACGUAUUACUUAUAUUAUUAUGUAAUCGACAGAUGUAUCACUAAUAUACAUAUCACAGGGGUGACAUGUGAAUGAACUACUUGCAUACUCAAGGUAUAUUAUAUUAUAUUAUAUUAUCAUGAUUGUAAUGUCAUUCUUUGUUACUGAUGCACAUUCAACAUUGUUUUAAGUGUAUUUGCAUUUCACACCAAAUUAACAUUUAUUUAGUGAUUUUACUCAACUUCGAAUGUGCAUUUUUUUAUUAAGUCAUGGCAAAUGUUGUAUCCAAUGACAAUAAGAAGCCCUAAAUAAACUCUCUAUAAAACAGUC